CGGCGACUACAAAAUGGCCGUCCCCAGCGCGGCCUAAAUUUCAUGAUUUCGCUCGAUUUCGAACGCUCUUACCCCUAUUAAAAAACGGAAGAACCGGCGCCAUAAGACCUCUCCUCCCCUCUAAACUCUUUCUAAAUCCCCGCAUCUGCUCGGUCUCGUCUUCUCCCCUCCUCUCCCUCUUCUACCCUUCUGCUCCUAUUUAUCUCCUCCAUUUUUCUUCUUUUCUUCGCUUCCUUCGACGGUUUUGCUUUCAAGAACUCCGAUAAAUCCCGCCUCUCGAAACCGAUUCCCGUUCCUCGCCUCUCCUUCCGGCUCCGGUCACAUGGGGAAGCCGAUUCGGAGCCGGCCGCGGCGUAGCCAGCGCACACGCUUCACGAGAUCCGAGAUCAGCCAGAUGGAGAAUUUACUUGCGGAGAAAAAAGAUGAAUUAGAUCAAAUUUUUUUUCAGAAUGUUACCAAAGAAUUGAAUGCUGCUUCAGGUCGAGCUGGAAGUAGAGCUAUACAAAUGGAACAGUAUCAGGUGCAAAAGUGGUUCCAGAGUGAGAAGAGAAAUCAGGCAACUGAAGUUACCUCCUCACCUAAUCCUUCGGAAGAAUUCAUUAAUAUCUCAGACACAAGCCUUUCAAACAGUGCACCGGAAAGUUCUUCGGACCUGCCCAAAGAUACAGGAGAGAAGGUUCCCGAUGAAAUGAAUUGGGAGUUUGAGGCCAGAUCAUCAAGAGAUGGGGCAUGGUAUGAUGUUGCUACUUUCCUCACGCACAGAGUUCUUAGUUCGGGUGAACUUGAAGUUCGUGUCAGAUAUCAAGGAUUUGGUGCCGAGGAGGAUGAAUGGGUGAAUGUCAAGAGGGCAGUACGGGAGCGCUCGAUUCCUCUCGAGUCCUCUGAAUGUCGGAAGGUCGCAGUGGGGGAUCUUGUUCUCUGUUUUCAGGAAAGUGCUGAACAAGCUACAUACUAUGAUGCGCAUGUCAUAGAAAUCCAGAGGAAACUGCAUGAUAUAAGGGGCUGCAGGUGUCUCUUCCUGAUCCAAUACGAUCAUGAUCAAACUGAGGAAAAAGUUAAUUUAAGAAGACUCUGCCGGAGGCCAGCAAAUUGAUCUCAAGGUUUCACUUACAUAUUACUGAUGAGGGCAAUCAUUUCCCAGCCACUGAUCUUUCCGGUAUCAGAGGUGGGCCAUGAUGGCACCCAAGACCAUAGGGGAUUGCAUUUCGGUGACAGAAUGGUCAUAUUUUAUUAAGCUAUCUUUCAAUGAUCAUUUGCCGGCAAUGUUACGAGUUUAGGGUAACUUACAAGAUGGUUGCAGCUCCAUGGCUGAUAAUGUUCUUAGUUCUUAUGAAACUCAACAAUCACCUAAUUCAUUCUUUGAUUUGUCAUGCUA